CCAGCUCCUCCCCUUCAGUCUUGGACAGGUGUACUGGCUCCUCCCCAUCUGUCUUGCACAGGUGGACCAGCUCCUCCCCUUCAGUCUUGCACAGGUGUACCGACUCCUCCCCUUAAGUCUUGCACAGGUGUACCAGCUCCUCCCCUUCAGUCUUGGACAGGUGUACUGGCUCCUCCCCAUCGGUCUUGCACAUGUGUACCGGCUCCUCCCCUUCAGUCUUUCACAGGUGUAUUGGCUCCUCCCCUUCAGUCUUUCACAGGUGUACUGGCUCCUCCCCUUCAGUCUUGCACAGGUGUACUG